AUGGCUCUUCUAAGCUUACCCCAUGGUAAGCAGUGGCAACAGGAAGACCUCAAUAGCCCGAAGGUCCUUAUGAUUGUCUUACGAUCGGUGUACAAUCGUAUCCGUGGUGUUCAGGUGCUACACCUUGGCACUAGCAUCCACAUUAAGUACGACGAGGUCAGCACCAGUCAGCUUGGCCGGUUGGGAGAACUGUUCGAGCGGGGUGGGGGUUAG